ACGUUAUAUUCGUGUUGCAGUAAAUUUUAUUUGUCUUCUGUUACAGUUCCUGCUAAGUUUGGUUUGCAGUUUCCCCAAGAUAAUGCUUCUAUUGUACAACAUAAUUGUUCUACAAAAAAGAGGGGUGCCGAUAAUUCACUUGGUAGCGCUGGGAUUGGAGGCGGUGCAAUGGGCUCUAAUUCCCUGUUUACCGGGAAUCGUGUUCGAGAUGACCCGAGCACAUGUUGACAAAAUGAAACUAUUCCUGCUGAAACACUACAAAGAUAGUACUCGUCACAACCACGCUAUCCGAGCGGAAAUAAAGGAAUUCCUGGACUACAUCGAGAUACGGGAAUGUCGCUACUUGCUGUACCGGUUCAUUCCAGUGGACCUGUCGCUUCCAGUCAGCUUGUUCCAUCUUUGCACCACAUAUCUCAUCGUCAUGAUACAGUUCUCGCAUCUGUUCGAUGAUGCUUCCUAGAUUGUAACCGAUUA